ACGCCUGAGACCUGCGGCCACAUCAGCAGGACACUUUCUCAAGACACAACCCGCUCCAUGAAAACAACCUUCUCUCCGUUAACCGGCGGGGUUUCCGUUCCUCCAUUUGUUGUUGUUUUUGUUUUCUCGUUGUUUUCCCCGAUUACCCGUGACGGAUUACCGGGGAGCACCGAGGAGGUGAGGAUGGAGCGGUCCCGUUAAAAAGUUGCCAGCGCUCAAGAAAGAGAGAACCUCCUCGGCUCCUCCUGCGGUGCGCCCGCCGCCUCGGAGGCCAUGGGCUGCGGCUUGCGGAAACUGGAGGACCCGGAGGACAGCAGCCCGGGGAAGAUCUACUCCACCCUGAAGAGACCGCAGGUGGAGACCAAAACGGAGACGGUGUACGAGUACGUGCUGCUCGACUUUAGCCUGGAAGGGAGUCGUCCUACGGUGCAAUAUGUGGCGUCCCUGUCUGAGCUGCCCCAGGCGCUGCAGCCCUACUACACACAAGGCUACGUCCUGACCACCCUGCACCCCAUCAUCCUGUCGGUGGGUCGAACCCGCUCACUCCCCUUCAGCCUGCUCUACAGAGCCAUCCUGGCCCGUCCCAGGUCCAGUAAGCAGAUGGCGUCCAUGUGUCACAGCGUGCCGAUGUUGAAGGUGGAGGAGUGGCCGUUACCUGGAGAGGCGCUGACGGGCGACACGGUCCGAGCGCUCAUCGACCGGGUGAACAGCAGCGCCCGGGGGGGCGUUCGAUUCGUUGGCUCGGUCCUCCAGCAGGUGAGCGGGAUCACCAACGGCAGGGUGCACAGUCCCAAGGGGGGCUGUCGCUCCCCUCCACGCACCCCUCCUGGUACUCCGCCCGGAGACCGAGAGCUGGAGGAAAACACCUACAGUCCUGACUUGAGGUUGCUGGUCUUCUUCCACUCCUGGGCUCCGGGCUGCGCUCCUCUGGACUCGCUGGCCUGUCAGUACCACCAGGGGGCGCUCUCCAUGCGCGUUUCCAGGAAGGGCCAGGUGGUCAGCUCUCUGGAAGCUGAUUGGCUGGAGCUGACCGCCGCCUACUACCGCAAAGGCUGGUCGUUGGUGGACUCCUUCGUCUACUGGGACACGCCCAAAGGUGAGCCGGUGCCCAGGUCUCUGGAGGGUUUGUUUGUGUACGAGGAGAGAAGUACCUCUCCUCCUGCCAAUGACACCAUCGUCGUAGAGCAGUGGACCGUCAUCGAGGGCACCAAUGUGAAAACAGACUACGGGCCUCUCCUUCACACUCUGGCCGAGUUUGGUUGGCUGCUCACGUGCGUGCUGCCCACUCCCAUCAUCCGCCAUGACAGCGACGGGAAUCUGGCCACCAAGCAGGUGGUGUUUCUCCAGAGGCCGGUCAGAAGCCAGGCGUCGUCGGGACAGCCGAGGAACCAGGCGUCAUCGGUGCUCGGCGACGUGUCCAGCCGCUCCGUGAGUCGCGCGGUCAGCCGCCCCGUCCCUCCGGAGGAGGAGGAGGAGGAGGAGCUGUCUCCGACCGCCGGGGGCAUCGGGGGAUUCCCGGUGUUCGGAGGGGGGUAUCCCAGCGCCCUGUCCCACCUGGAGGAGGGCGGCUUCGAGCAGGAAGAGGGCAAAGCGGAGGUCACCUGCAUGUGAGCGGGUCGGUUGAGGAUUUGAGACGUUGUUUGAUUCCUGAAGGAAAAACCCACCUGAACGCAGGGAGGGGAGGAGGCCCCCCCCCCCCCCCCCCCCCCCCCCCCCCCCUCCCUUUCUUUUAUUAACAGACUUUUAAUGUAGAAGAACUCAGCACUUUUAAAAGAAAGACAAUGUUUUUAAUGAAUCCAUAAUGAGAAUGAGGUAUUAUUUAGAUCUACUCUACACUUUUACACCGACGUGUUGGGGUGGUGGUGGUGGUGGGGGGACGCGACGCAAACUUAAAGUAUUUAAAUCCAUCUUUUUUUAAGAUCAGUUCAGGUGCGCAUGGGAAAUCACAACACUAUAAAGCACAAGUUUUCUGCACAACACCGGUGGUAAAAUCUUUAUUGUUUAACCCGGCUCACACAUCUUAAUGUCCAGUGGUCUCGUCUCCUCUCUUAUAGGCCGAGGCCGGAUGUGAACAUUUAUCAGGGAGUUUUCCCCGUGUACUUUGUACAGACGACAGUACUACCCGAGAUAGUACAUUUGUACAGAUAACAAACAGUGUUUCUCUGAGGAGGUUCUGAGAGUUCUGGUGCUAUUGGGAAAGCUGAUCAGCAUCUCACUGCUGCCAUUUCAUAAUCUGGAAAUGGUUGUAAAGUUAAUUAAACAGCCACAAUGGGUUACUUUCUUUAUAUGGUACUGGCAAUGCACCCGUUGCUCUCUGUAAUGGAUGAAGUUCUUUAGAGAUGUCGUUUUAAUGCUACUAUUUAAUUUUUUUUUAAAGGGGAACUCAACGGAUUUACAAAGUCUGUGUCCAGGUUUUUAAAGAAGUACUACUGCAGAUAUGAGAACGAGAUUGUAUAAAGAGUCUGUUCUGAAAACUACAAGAUUGAAACUGGGAGAACAAAAAAAAACUAAAGAACUUAGACAGCAAUUAGUUUACCAGAUUGCUGUAGCUCGUCUCUGCUGAAGGCUCCAACUGUCAAGUUGCAUUGUGGGUAAUGAAGGCACCAGGUUUAGAAAGUUUGUACGGGUCCUUAUCACAAUAAAAAGGGAUGUUUAUUAUUAGGACACAAUGCUUUUGUAAAUAUUAGAUGUUAAUUGUGCAUAUUUGGGUUUCAACUAAUUGUUUUGUUUUGUGGGGGGAUGGAAAGGUGAUCAAUACACAAAGUCUAAUUUUAGGUGAUUCAUAGAUGUUUUAAAUGUAUUUUCCUCCACAAACUUACUAUCGAGGUUUUUACUAAAUAUCAGUAUUAAUAUUCCAGCCCUUUCUCAUUUUCUAGAGAGUUGUAAAUGUUGCUUCCUUUAUUGUAUUAAAGGCUUUCUUCCCAUGG